CAUGUUUUCAUAUUGCAGACAAAACUCCAUCAUAUCAUCUCUCUAUUCUCAGCUCGCGCCCAUUUCAUGUCUUCAUAUUACGAGAGUGGUUGUUAUCGUGCUUAGUUAAAUUCUAUAAAGUGUGCAUGAAGCUAGAGAAAACUUCAAGGACAACUUCAAUCACUUCAGCCAUGGCCUCCAUAGACUAUUUUGAAAUUUUUGUGGCAUUUUUUUGCCUUGCAAUUUGGGUGUUUAUGCGAGACGGAUAUAGGCGACCAUUAAAGGUGCCAUUGUUUGGAAUGUUACCGAGCCUUUUCUUGCAUGUUCACAAGAUUCACGACCGGUGUGCGGCGGUUUUGUCCCUGCAUGGCGGCACUUUCUUGCUCAAAGGCCCGUGGUUUACCAACAUGGACAUUCUUGCCACGGUGGAUCCUCAAAAUGUUCACUAUAUAAUGUCUGGGAAUUUCGAGAAUUUCCCAAAGGGGAAAGAGUUCAAGAAGAUCUUUGAUGUGUUGGGUGAUGGGAUUUUCAAUUCCGAUUUGGAUCUGUGGAAGAACCAGAGAAAACUUGCCAGGGCUUUGAUCAUUCACCAAAGGUUUCACAGGUAUUUGGUGAGGACGAGCUGGAAUAAGGUGGAGAAAGGGCUGAUCCCAGUUCUUGAAUUGGCGGCGGAGCGCGGCGGCGUUGUGGAUUUGCAGGAUGUUUUCCAGCGGUUAACGUUUGACACGACAUGCACGCUUGUUACGGGGUACGACCCAGGAUGUCUGUCCAUCGAUUUCCCCGACGUUCCGUUCUCAAAAGCCAUGGAUGACGCCGAGGAAGUGAUAUUCAUCCGGCAUUUGCUCCCGGAGAGCCUCUGGAAGCUCCAGCAGUGGCUCGGAAUCGGCCCGGAGAAAAAAUUGAGCCGAGCUUGCGAGAUUCUCGACCAAGUUAUCGGCAAGUACAUAACAAUGAAACGCCAGGAACUAAACCUGCCCCACAAAAAGCAAACUCUUUCGCUCCAAGAACCCACACAGUCUCAAAAUUCCUCAUCCCAAGGACCCGCACAAUCUGAGGAAAAGCAAAAUUCUUCGUCUCAAGGGCCUACACAGUUUGAGGAAAAGCAAAAUUUCUCGUUUCAAGGGCCCAUAAAAAAACAAAAUUCCUGGUCUCAAGGCCUCACACAGUCGGAUGAAAAGCAAAAUUCGUCGUCCCAUGGGCCCACACAGUCCGAUGAAGAGGGACACGAUCUUUUAACCUCGUACAUUAACAACAACGAGGGGGAAACAACCAUGGGGCUAAAAUUUGACGACAAAUUCCUAAGAGACACGAUUCUGAACCUAAUGAUCGCCGGCCGGGACACCACGAGCUCCGCGCUGACAUGGUUCAUCUGGCUAGUUUCAACCCACCCGGAAGUGGAAAAGAACAUAAGAGACGAACUUUUUAACGCCGUUAAAGCCGACCCCCAAAAAUUCCGUCUAUUCAAAUCAGAGGAGUUAAAAAACCUCGUCUAUCUCCACGCCGCCCUCUGCGAAUCCUUAAGGCUAUACCCACCGGUCCCCUUCCAACACAAAUCGCCCCUCCACACAGACAUUCUCCCCAGCGGCCACAAAGUGAGCCCCAAUACGAGGUUAAUGUUUUCCCUGUACGCCAUGGCGCGAAUGCAGUUCAUAUGGGGCAAAGAUGCGAAGGAGUUCAAGCCAGAGAGGUGGAUUUCCGAGCGUGGAACGGUCAAACAUGAGCCGUCUUACAAGUUCCUGGCAUUCAACGCCGGGCCCAGGACUUGUCUGGGCAAAGAAGUGGCGUUUACACAGAUGAAGGCCGUGGCAGCCGCCAUUAUCCAUAACUACCAUGUCCGCGCCGUGGAAAACCAUGAUGCUUCGCCUAAUGUCUCCAUAAUUCUCUACAUGAAACAUGGUCUCAAGGUUCGGGUCCAAAGAAGAUGGACUUAUUAGCUUGAUCCCGUUUCUUAUAUAUUCUUAAUAAUAAUCGUCUAAGAUGUCUCCGUACGAGGUGUGAUUUGCUUGAAUUUGUUUGUGCAUGAACAUGUUUCAGAACACUGCUAAAACUGUGUAUUAUAUUCCUGUAAUAACAACAAUUACAUUUACUACUCAAAAUUUUACA